AGCACUUCUCUAAUUUAUAAGCAAACUAGCCUGCAUUUGGCGGCUUAUCAGGCGAGUGACAUGAGACUGAGAGGGUCGUCUUCCUUAGCUUCCAGGGCUUCACCUGCACUCAGAAACCUACCUGAAGAAGCUUGCAAUAAGAAGAAGCUUCCGAGGGAUGCCCCAUCAAAGGCCGAAUCCAAGGAAUUUACUGAUCAAGGACGCUCGAACAACUUUGAAGCUCUUUCAACAGGUAACCCUUCUCCUCUAAACUCUCAGUUCAGAAAUCCCAACUCAGUUUCCAUCUCAAAGAACCCCAUUCCAGCUAAGAAACGCCAAGAUACUGUUAGAAAAAUUGACCACCAGUACAUCUCUCAAAUUCUGUCGCGGAAGGACUGGUUUGUAUUGCUAAACCACGAGGUCAAGGCGAGGAGAAUCAUUUUGACUGCUCAGUUUGUAGCGAGUGUCUUGCAAAAUCAAGAAAACCCAUUACACCCUUUGAAAUUUUAUAUCUGGGUUUCGAAUAUCGACCCAUUAUUUGCGAAGAAUCAAUCCAUUCGAGGUGUCUUAUCUAACACCCUUUCUCGGAAAGGUCCAGUUGUUUUGUCUGUUGAGUUGCUUCAGGACAUUAGGAAUUCUGGUUGCCGGGUUACAGAAGACCUGCUUUGUGUACUGAUCGGCAGUUGGGGGAGAUUGGGGUUGGCAAAAUAUUGUGCGGAAGUUUUUGCCCAAAUAUCAUUUUUGGGUCUUAGUCCAACCACGAGGUUGUAUAAUGCGGUUAUAGAUGCAUUGGUGAAAGCCAAUUCGCUUGACUUAGCAUAUCUGAAAUUCCAACAAAUGACUGCUGAUAAUUGCAAUCCUGAUAGGUUCACUUAUAAUAUCCUAAUUCAUGGAGUUUGCAAGAUUGGAGUGUUGGAUGAGGCGCUUCGUUUGGUCAAGCAGAUGGAGGCCUUGGGAUAUUCACCGAAUGUGUUCACGUAUACAAUAUUGAUUGACGGGUUUUGUAAUGCAAAUAGAGUUGAUGGAGCCUUUAGACUUUUAGAGAUGAUGAUAGGGAGGAAUGUGUAUCCAAGUGUGGCUACUAUUAGGUCACUCGUUCAUGGGGUUUUUCGUUGUGUAGCUCCUAGUAAGGCUUUUGAGUUGCUAUCAAGAUUUGUGGAGAGGGAGCCUGUCUUGUCUAAAUCAGCUUAUAAUACUAUACUGCAUUGCCUCUCAAAUAAAUCUAUGGCGAGAGAGGCUGCUAUUUUUUUAAGAAAUUGUGGGGCAAAAGGUUAUUUUCCUGACAGUUCAAUCUUUAAUAUUGUAAUGACUUGUCUGAUAAAAGGAUUAGAUUUGAAUGAGACAUGUGAGCUAUUUAGUAAUUUCAUAGGGCGAGGCAUGAAGCCGGGGUUUAGUACGUAUCUUGCACUAAUUGAAGCUACAUACAGGACAGGAAGAAGCAAGGAAGGGAAUAUUUUUUUGGAUCAAAUGUUCAAGGAUGGACUUGUAUCUGAUGUUUUUUGCUAUAAUAUGGUGAUUGAUUGCUUGUGUAAAGCCAAUAAGAUGGACAGGGCAUCUGAGACUUUCAGAGACAUGCAGCAUAUGGGAAGUGCUCCUAACCUUGUCACUUACAAUACCCUUAUUAGCGGACAUUGCAAGGAUGGAGAGCUAGAUAAGGUGCGGGAACUGCUGGUGAUGCUUUUAGAACAUGGAUUUAAGCCUGAUAUCUUCACAUUUAGUUCAAUAAUAGAUGGCCUUUGUCGAGUACACCAGAUUGGUGAUGCUUUUGAGUGUUUCAUUGAAAUGGUUGAGUGGGGUGUCACCCCAAAUGCUGUCACAUAUAAUAUAUUGAUCCACUCUUUAUGUGUCAUUGGGGAUGUUGGUAGAUCAAUGAGUCUUUUGAAAAAGAUGCAAGCCAACGGAAUAAGCCCCGAUACUUUCUCAUUCAAUGCUCUUAUUCAAAGUUUUUGCAGGCUGAAUAAGGUUGAGAAAGCGGAGAACCUUUUCAUUACCAUGUUAAAACUAGGUUUGCAUCCUGACAAUUAUACAUACAGUGCUUUGAUCAAGGCACUCUGCCAAUGUGGGAGACUAAUUGAAGCUAUGGAGAUAUUUCACUCGAUGGAUGUAAAUGGUUGUAUUCCCGAUUCUUAUACAUGUAAAUUAAUUUUGGAAACUCUAGUUCAGCUAGGCCACUUUGAAGAGGCUCGGAAUUUGGUAAAGAGAUGUAGUAAGAGUGGACUUUCGUUGAAAUCCAAUCCUAACUUGUAGGACAGCGCUAUUAUGGUCCAUCAGUUCGUGCUGCUUUGAUGUUGGAUAUGCUUUGAUCUUGAUAUAGUUUGAUAUGAGCCACAACUCUUGUGUAUUGUAGACAGAUAGGUCCCUAUGGAUAGUAUUUUGAAUUUACAAAGUUUGUAAAAUGUAUCUUCAAAUAGAAUUUAUGAAAGUGGUUUUGUAGAA